AACAAAACUCAAAGACGGACAAGCCACGUAUAGAUAUUUUACAAAUUUUACUUAAUAAUCAUAACCCAUUAAAGCAAUCUUCACCAGAUGCACCUGUGGACAUAACCGACGGUAAAACAAUGAGUGAUUUUGAGAUACAAGAUCAAAUUAUGGAAUUUUUAGUAGGAGGUAGCGAUACAAGUGCAUUCACAAUAAUUAUGGCAAUUAUUAUGUUACUUUCUCAUCCUGAAAAAUUGAGAAAUUUAAGAACAGAGUUAGAAUCCGCAUUUCCUACAUUACAAAAUCGUGUAAUAUCAACCGAACAUGAUGAUGAUUUAUUUUUACCAACUCAUAAUAUUUUAAAAUCUCUCAAAUAUCUUAAUGCUAUAAUAGAUGAAACAUUAAGAUUAUUCCCAGUAGCAUUAGGUGGUAUAAUGAGACAAACUACUGAAGAUACCAUAAUUUCAAAUCAUUUAAUUCCAAAAGAUACUAUAGUUUCUGCAUCAAUAUGGAGAAUUCAUCGAUCAAAACAAAUUUGGGGUCAAGACGUUGAUGAAUUUGUGCCUGAAAGAUGGUUUGAUUUGGAUCCAAAAAUAAGGAGUGAUGCUUAUUAUCCUUUUGGUAGUGGUUCUAGAUUUUGUAUAGGAAAUAAUUUUGCUAUUAUGGAAUUAAGAAUUAUCUUAAGUGCUUUGAUAGGAAAUUUUGAUUUUUUUAUCAGGGAAGGCGAGGAUUUACAAAUUGUGCAAUUUAUUACUCCUUCGUUAAGAAGUAAGAAAUUUGAUGUCAAGGUUACCCGCCGUACGGAUAAAAGAACUGGUGUAAAUAACGAGUGA